AAAUAGCCCUUACGGUAUGACGCAGCUACGUCAGCAAACGUGACAGGAAGUGCUAACCGUCAGCUGAGCGAGCGACAACAACGUCUGGGGCAUCGAUACUGAAAAGAUGGCUUACCCUACGUCCCUCAACCCAUUUGCUGAUGACAAUGAGGAAGAUUUUAAGCCCAAAAGGGGUGGCUUUGAAGAUGAAAGUGACAGUGGGAUGACAGAUGUGGAGAGGAGGCAGAGGUACCUUCAGCAGGAAGUGAUGCGCACUGCACAGUCUGCUGUGGACAGCUCUUACCGUUCGCUGAGCCUCAUCUAUGAAUCUGAGAAGAUGGGUGUGGAAACUGCAGAGGAGUUGGUGCGACAAGGUGAGGUCUUGAAGCGGACGGACAAGAUGUUAGACAACAUGGAUGAAGACCUGAAAACCAGUCAGAGGCAUAUCACCAGUAUCAAGAGUGUGUGGGGAGGUUUUGUCAACUACUUUAAGGGCAAACCAGAAACAAAGCCUCCACCGGAAGAGCCAAAGACCUAUCAGGCUAACGAAAGACUACAGACUGCCAUGUCUGGUAGCAGAGGACACGAGGACAAGUACCAGGCCAGCCAUCCCAAUCUAAGAAAGUUGGAUACAGCGGGUUUUGGAGCUGCUGCAUCGAUAGAUGGCAGCUCCUCUAGACAGAAUGGAUUCCCUCAGAACAGAUACUUGAGGGACGCUCACCAGACGCUUGACAACAAUUUAGAUGAGAUGUCCGGUGGCUUGGCAAGACUGAAGAACCUCGGACUCGGUCUCCAGGCAGAGAUUGAUGACCAGGACGACUCCAUCGGAUCCCUGCUUAACAAAGUGGAUACAAUGGAUGCCAAGAUCAUCAACACCAACCAGCAGAUGAAAAACCUUAAAUAAGACUCACUAAUUCAACACUAGAUACAAACUGGCAGUGGGUCACCCUCACUCGUGACCCAUCCUCCUGGCCUUUGUCCAAUAAAGAAUAGUCUGUUUCAUUUUUGUCUUUUUUAGUUUUCUACCACUAGAAAAUAACUGUGAUUUUUUUUUUGUUUCUUUGCCAGGAAUUGAAAUGUUCUUUUCACAUAUGCUUUAUUUUUUCUCUGUCAAGUCUCAAUGCAUUUCUGUCUUAAUGUUUCAUGAAGUUUUUUUGUUGUUUUUUUUUGUUUUUUGUUUUUUGCCCAGUCACCAAAUAUGUGCAUUGGAAUGUUUCUUAAUUUGCAGUUCAAACAAAUUGAUUUGAAAGAUGAAGAUCAUUUUAAGAUGUAGGUUCUCAAAAUGGGUUCUUUAUCUGUUUUUAUGUGUACUAUUUAGCUAGCUUAAGUGUAUAAACAAAACACAACCAAACAGAACAUUUAGCUGAAGUCACAUUUGCCUUACAUGUGGUGGAAAUGUAAAGUUUUUGAUUCCAUGUCAGGGUUAUGUUUCAACUAGUGCUUCUUUCCACAAAAUGGUUUGCUUUGAAUUUUGUCUUAUUUGAUUUGCACUGAUUCAGUCCUGCACAAUUAUUUCAAAGCAUAAAUAGUAUCAAAAAGCUAUUAUGUUUUUAAAAAAUCAGCAAUGAAGGAAUAAACCCGCUAUCAAAGUCA